AUGCAAAGCAUGUCGCCUGCCACUCAGCCCAGCCUGACUUACCUUGACUUUGAAACUGCUAGGAAGGGAAGGGGAAUACGUACUAUAUUUUAUGCUGGUAAAUGUGGGCUCACUGGAUCCAAUCACCCCCUCCCAUCAAUAUUAUUACGCAAAACAGUGAGAAGAGCAUUGCCUUCACAUACCAUUCUACUGAACACUCUGAAAAUAUUGAAGGAGUCUGAGCUAAAGAAGUUCAAGGGCAAACUCUACCAUUUCUCCAUCAAGAAGGGAUUUGUGAAUAUCUUAAAGGAGUUGAUGGAGGAAGCAAGUGUUUCGGACCUCAGCCAGCUGCUCCUUGUCUACUAUGGCCUGGAUUAUGCCUUGGAAGUGAUGGCCAGAGUUCUGGAAGCCAUCGACUGUGAGCCACAGGCAGACAGGGAAGAUGACCUGGUCAUGCCCACUGAUGUGGACAGAAUGCAGAGAGAGGUGGGAAAGGAAAAAGUGUGGCCACUGGAAGGAGUCGCAAUCUCUGCUAAGAAGAUUAUCUGCAAGGGAAGAAAAUAAUUAAUUGAAAUUCUUGGAAGAAACAUUUUACAUGUGUUAUACUCUCACUAUAUUAUCACAUGGAAAGAAUACUGGGACUUGUUGGAAGCAGAGGAAGACUCCAAGGAGAAAAGUAAAAAAUUGCUGCGUAUGAUCCAGGAAAGGGGGGAGCAAGCUUGUUGCCGGUUCCUUGAAUGUGUAGAAAUGGAACAUCUGGGUUCCAUCCAGAAUGUGCUGCUUGCAAUACAUGGUGAGUUUGGCUUCCUAAACUUCAAGGACAAUGCAGCUUCCUCCUUCCUCAUUGCAACAAUCAAUUCAGGUAAAGAAUUGUAUUUCUUUUACAGGCUCAGGGCAAGAUCCAAUCUGGACUUCUGGCCACUUAGGGCUAAGGUUAAAAUCCCCCCUGUUUGCAGAGGAUGGAAGGAGCAGGAAGAUGGAAAACCCAGCAGGUUCUGGGGAAAGUGACCGGGGUAGCUGGUGCCCCAGUGAGGUAAGAGGAUGCAGUUUUUUUAAUCAUUUGCAUUACCAACCUAUAGUAAUGCACUGGUACUUUUAAAGCAAAGGUUCCGAAUCUGAAUUUCCAGUUCAUUGUGUACAUUAAUUAAUAAACUUGCUGUUCAAUUCCAAAGGCUGGUAGUAGCAAGGCUACCUCUAGACAGGUGGCUGCUGGUGCUAAGAAAUCGUCACACUUCUGCAGAAUUGCCAGCGGUAUUGCAGUGGACUUUCCAUGAUGUGAUUCCUGUUUAGCAGGGGUCCUCAAACUUUUUAAACAGGGGGCCAGUUCAUUGUCCCUCAGACACUGUUGGGGGACGGACUUUGGUUUGGAAAAAAUGCGAACAAAUUCCUAGGCACACUAUUUUAUUUGUAGUGCACAAAAAACAGGAAAAGCAAUACAAUAUUUAAAAUGAAGAACGAUUUUAAUCAACAUAAACUUGUAAGUAUUUCAAUGGGAAGUAAGUGUGAGGGGCUUCCGGUCCGUCGCGCUGGCAGAAUAGGA